GAAAUGGUUACUAACAAUUACGGCGGCAAAUUUCCAAAAACGGUAGCGCUUUCGUGGGUUCUGACGGUGGCCUGCUGCUGCCUGCUGUUGAUCCUCUCCGAGAGUAGUGCCUCACCCACCGCACCCAGCGCAAGAGUCGCAAGAGACAACCCCGAGUGCAACUGCUAUCAUUCGUUUGAUCCCUGGUGCGGCACAAACGGCCGGAACUAUCUGAAUAAAUGUGUGCUCAAGUGCGGAAUGAGGUUUAUCAAGGGACUGGGUAUUGCCCAUCGCGGGUUCUGCCCGGGAACCGACCCGUACGAUGUGCAGGGCGACUGGGAUGCGGACAGGCCUUUCUACGGGAACGGAAGUGGAUGACUUCAUGAACUACAAAAAAUUGUGAUUUAGAAAAAGUGGUUGGAAUAGUGGAAGAAUAAAUCAAUGAAGGCAAUUUCGUUUGGCUUCAUAUUUUCCUUGUUAUUUCUCAUGUAAA